UACAGGUUGAAAUGUUCCUUUUUCGCACAGUAAAUUUAUCAGUGAUAUUAAAAUGGGUUGUCCGACGGAAUGUUUCAGGUUCAUCCUGUUCGUGUUAAAUUUAAUAUUCGCCAUUGCUGGAGUGGGUUUAAUAGGAGGAGGUAUUGGUAUCCAUUUAUAUUUCAAGUAUUACAAAGAGGCGGUACCGUCAGCGGCAAAAGCAUUUUCCAAUUUCCCGAUCAUAGCGGGGGUGGGGGGUGGCGCCAUAUUUAUUAUCGCCUUGUUGGGAUGCUGCGGAGCAUGGAAGAGAAGCGUUUGUUGUCUGCACACCUACGGCAUACUACUGAUAAUCAUAUUCCUGGCAUGCCUGGCGUCGACCAUCUACACCUGGGUGUUGGUGAAGGAUAAAAAAGGGCUCAAAAUCGAAAUAGAGAAACGACUGACAAAUUACUUCGAUAAGUACUACACAAGUGGCGAGACUAGGGAGAUCGUCGAUCUGAUUCAGACUUCUUUUCAUUGUUGCGGUCUACGGUCUCCAGCUUAUUGGGGGGCUAAAAUACCGGAAAGUUGCUAUCCGAAUGCCAAUCGGAAAGAGACUUGCUACGAGACUGGGUGCCUCGGGCCCUUCCAGGACUGGAUUAUGAAAUCUAUGAUUUUCAUAUAUUUUGAGGUGGCUUUAGCGGCACUAGAGUUGGUAGCCGGCAUCACCGCGAUUUGCGUAGCAUGCUCAUAUCAUGAUGAUUACAUGAACGACCUCUCUUACGAUGACGACGAAUCGGAAUAUUGAAGAAAUUAUUGACUUGUUUGAGAUUAAUUCAAAAUUUCUGUAUGGUGUUGUGCUUAUUAUUAAAGUGUAAACGUAUCCAAUGAA